CUCCGAUCCCUGCAGGCAGACACGCAGUCUGACGACCUCCUGAGAGAAGCAGAACAAAGGGGCAUCAACUUCAACACUCUGCUCGAUGACAUUAUCGUCUCGGCGCGUAAAGCGCUAGUCCUCGCCAAGGAGGACUCUGUGCCACUGCCAGACUUCACUGAGGACUUUUACCAAAAGAUUUGGCCGUUCGUUGUUCACGGUCAUCUUCAUUGCACGAAGGGUUCCCUCCGGUCACUGGCAUCACUGAAGAGGACAGGUGAUGCAAAGUUGGCUUACAACAAAGGCAAACUUAUGGUGUUGGCUCCCAUAGGUCUUGAAGAGCUGGUAGUUGAUUAUGACUAUGAUGCCUCCAUUCUGCACUUCGGGACUACAGGCAACUUGCUUGCCAAUGUAACAUCCAACUCUGUAACACUCGCAAUAGAAAUUUCCCUUUCCGUUACUGGUUGUAAACUGAAACUGAGUGAGGCAAAAAUUGAUGAUUUUGGACCCAUCAAAGUCAACCUGACUGGACUGUACCCCCUGGAUACUUUCUCAUCAGUCAUAGCAGAAAAGGCCGCAGAUAGCCUUCAUGGGACAAUAAAAGAGGCUGCAGAGAAGAACUUGCAGAAAAAUCUCCAGAAAAUUAUUGAAAAAGUACCCUGUCACUUGCCUGGAUUAAAAGAUGCAUAAAGUAUGGGUACCAAAAUAAUUGUUAAAACUUAAGAGACUUUUCAAGAAAUUAAACUCCAAUAAUGAUUACUCAUGGUUUGUAUGAAUGAAGUAACCUGUAUUCAACAAUAAUGUACAGUAACUGAUGAAAUUAUUACUUAGGAAAAUAUAAAUCUUAUUCCUAGCUUAUAAAUAUAUCUCUAUAUACAUUGUCUGACAA